UACGUGUGCGCAGCGUCGACGGAAGUGUGCGCGUUGUAUAUAACGGAUAUAACGUGUUUUCGUCUCUACGGCGAAGGGUCGACAGCAAGGGCACGAAUUGAUUGUUUCGGUGAUCGUAUCGCGCGACUCGAAGACGAAAGCAGGCGAGAAGAGGGUGACAAAAAAAAAAGAAGGCUCAAUAAAGUAGAACGCGCUCGCGAAAUUGCUUAGAAGUAGGCAUAAAAACGGUGUGAUCCGGGUAACGGUUGGGAAUGUGCCGCCGUGACAAACUGGGAACGACGAACGAGAGAUUAUCGACGAUUGUCAGCCCAAAUCAAGGCGAGGGUAAUACCCGGCCGUCGCGCCGUCCUCCGAUAACGCGUAUCGUAUAAGUAUUCUGAAUGAGACAGAGGACCGUUACACGUAUACGAAAUAGUUCGACCUAAAAAAUUUAUCAGCACGAGCCAACAUGAAUCAGCAGCAGCCGCCGACGUCUUCAGAGAUGAUUUUUUUCGUCACCCACGUGGAACCUGAGAACGUAUACCUGAAGAUAUGGGGCCAGGUGGACAAGCAGGCAGCUACCGAAGUCGAGCAUUAUAUACGUCCUCUUACGGAACAGUUUAAUCAAGGAUAUGGCUGCCUUCCUAAAAUUAAUAGAUCAAUGAUCGGCACAGUGUGCUGUGCCAGAUUUCAAAACGAUGGUUUUUAUCGGGCGAAAAUACUGGACGUGCAUCCUGGCAACAGGUAUCUCGUGCAAUUUAUUGACUAUGGCAAUAUGGAGAUUGUAAUGUGGAAUGAAAUCCAUUUCCUGGAUAACAUUCAUGGAGCUGAACGUCUGCUAACUUACCCACCGAUAGCAGUCGAUUUUACAUUGCGUAAUGUAUUACCUGUAAACGGUGUUUGGGAAGAAAAGACGAUUGAGACAAUUAAAAAGAUUUUAUGUUACAAUGAAUACAGAGCAGUGGUGAAUGAUAAUCGUUGCCUGAUUAAACUGUGGUAUAAUAAUGGAGAUUUCAGCGACCUGUUGGUAAAGGAACGUUUGGCUAUGCCAGCUCCUUUGCAAGACAUGUUCAGACCAAAGCAUACACUGCAAUCUCGAAUGCAGCUUCAGCAAAUCCCUUAUCAUCAGCCACAGAAUAAGGGAAAUAUGAAUAACUUUACAACAAUGUCGAUGCAAAGUCCUAAUAUGAAUCAUAAUGCCAUUAUACAAGGGAUGUAUUAUAAGAAUUAUUUUCCUGAUGUAAAUCAACAUAAACAUGCUGCUCAACCAAUGCCACAGCAUUCCCUGCCACCACAGCAUUCCCUGCCACCACAGCAUCCUCCGCCACCGCAGCAUCCACCGCCACUGCAGCACCCUCUGCCACCGCAGCAUCCUCCGCCACCGCCUGUUCAAGAAGCACUCAUGUUCAAAUCACGAGUAUUAGAGGAAGACUCAAAACACGAAGUCUUUAUAUCGUACGUAGAGGAUGGCCCACAAAAGUUUUCUGUACAGGUUGAAGAACAGAGGGAUAUAUUGACUCGUCUUAUGAACGAGAUAAACAAUUAUCCAAAGCAACCACUGCAGGAACCACCAUUGCCGGGAUCUGUUUGCUUGGGACGCUACAAUGACGGAGGCGACAGGGUGCUGUGUCGAGCGGUUGUCAUGUCUGUGAUGGAACAUAAAUGCAAAUUAUACUACGUUGAUUUCGGCCAUACAGAAGUUUUACCAUAUUCGGACAUUUUCCAAUUGCCACCUGAAUACAUUAACCCCAAGGUGCUUUCCAUUCGAUUCGCAUUAAGCGGCUUGAAGGAACUGAUUAUCUCACCUGAAAUGAAAGAGUAUUUUACGCAACUAGUGCACAGACGAUUACUUAUUUUACAUGUCCGUCCACCGGAAGGACCACCGUUGAUUCAGUAUGGUGACUUGUACGACAAUGGUGUCAACGUAAAGGAUAUGCUGAAGAAAGUAUUUCCAGCACCAGCUACGAUGAUACCGAUAACGUAUUCUUACCCGCAAUUACGACGAUUGACGAAAGACUACCAGGAAGUUGUGCACGUCUCUUACGUGGAGUCGUGUAAAAAAUUCUUUGUGCAACUUGACAGUGGAAUAAAGCCUCUUCAGUCAAUAAUGGCAGGUCUGGCGCAGUAUGUAAAAACCGCGCCUAGUUUAAAUAUAACGCAACUAAAAGCAGGAAUACCCUGUGCCGCUCUAUAUGAUUCGCAAUGGUACCGUGCACAAAUCCUUGCCAUUGUUGAAGACCAAAUUAAAGUAGUAUAUGUUGAUUAUGGAAACGAGGAGUUAUUGUCUGUUGUAUCUCUUCGCGCUAUUCAUGACGAUUUGGUAACAAAGUUACCUGCUCAAGCUAUACAGUGUGCACUGAAUGGGUAUGAAGUGCUCUCAUUAGAUCAAGAAGUGGCUAAUCAUUUUGAAAGAUUGACGCUUGAGAAAAGUUUUAUCAUGAAAGUAGUCGCCGCGCAACCCAAUGGCCUAUUAGUCGAUUUAUUCGAAUUUGACUCAAAGAGGAGCGUUCAUCCUCAGUUACUGAAUAACAUGUUUUGCGAUAAAACCGACAAUUCUACAAACUCACGAAAUGAAGAAAUUCAUCCUGUAAAACCAAUGAAUGAGUUCCAAAGAAAAGAUAAGGAUAAAUAUAAUAAAAAUAACAUGGAUUCUGAGAAUCAUAAUCAAAACACUAAGUUUAGCCAAGACAAUAAACCGAAUUGGAGAGAGGAAUGGUCUCCAGAGAAACAAUACGAUAAUAGACACGAGAGAACUGGCGGUUCUUAUCGUAACAGUCCACAAAACGAUCGGUUUAUUAAAGAUAAGACAAUGAACAAUAGAUUUGAUAGAGAGAAGUCGUUCAACAAAUAUGAUGAGAGAGAGAAUGAUGCAAAUUCAUUUAACAGAGGAACCCCACGUGACGGUGGAAAUAAAUUUGGUGGUAAUGAAAGAAAAUACAACCGUUACAAUUCUGACAAAGCAAAUGGCGACAAAGAUUCAGAUACUUCUUCCAAAGGUAAUGAUAGACGAGGGAAAGAUAGUUUUAAACGUAAUGAUUUUAAUGACAAUCGAGGGGGAAACCGCGACAGUAGUGGAACGCCAGGCAAGUGGCAAAACUCGAAGUGGAAUGACAAAAAGCCAGCUUAUAAAGCAAAUUAUAAAAACGAGAAAUUUAAUGAUGACUACAACAGCAGUAACAAUAAGUUUAGAAAUCAAGAAGAUACAAAUAAUGCUUCAUAUAAUCAGACAACUGAUGGUGAAUCAUGGGAUACAAACAACAUUAACAAAGACAAAAUUACUGUUGGCGGAACAUCUCGACUUUCAUUAAUGAAAAUAGAUAUUGCUCUUAAUUCUGUGAAAAACUGUGAAGUUGUAUUUAUGAACGGUCCAUGGGAUUUUUUUAUUCAGUUAAAUCCUGAUUGCUUGGAAUUAGAUACUAUUAUGGAAAGUAUUGCUGCAACUUACGAGAGCGGUGGAGAACCUAUGCAAGCUUUUGAAAUACAAAGUGGUACAUAUUGUGUCGCUCAAUACUCCGAGGAUUUUAAAUGGUACAGAGCGGUAAUCAAAUCUAUAAAAGAGAACACUGCAACUGUGGAAUUCGUCGACUAUGGAAAUACAGAGUCAGUUGACUUUACAAAUAUUAAAGUCAUUUCAGAAAAAUUUCUAAAACUACCGAUACAAGCGGUACAUUGUAAACUACUUGGAUUAACAGAUACAGGCAAUAAGGAUGAUCAAUAUGCGAUUUUCGCGGACAAAGUCAAUGGAAAACCUUUACAAGUAGAGUUUGUCUCUGAAAAAAAUGAAAUGUACGAAGUACUGUUGUGUGAAGUUGUUGCCGGUGUACCAAAUACUAAUUACAUAAAUGAGGAAUGGUGCACAAAAGCAGAUUUAACAAAAACUAAACAAAACACAACGAAUAUAAAAAUUAUGACAGAGAAUAGAAUAGCUACAGUUAUAGGUUCUGCUCCUUCUGAUGAAAAAUGGCAGACAAUGUUAUUUGAGCCUGAAUCUAGACAGGAUGUUUUCGUGACAUGGUUUAUAAAUCCUAACAAAUUCUAUUGUUUACCGUUGUCUAUGAAAGCAGAAUUUAAAAAAAUGAUGAUUAAAAUUCAAAGAACAUAUGUUGAUAGAGAACCUGUGACACAUGAUUUGGAGAUUGGCUCAGCAGUCAUAGCUAUAUUUCCUGAAGAUGGAGCUUUUUAUCGAGCAGAAGUCGUGGAAACGAAAGGGCGCCUUUUAUUGAGCGAAGAGAAAGUAUAUGAUGUUCAAUACAUAGAUUUUGGAAAUUGCAAGACUCUAAAGAAAUGUCAAAUCUAUCCCGUCGAGAAGAAAUUUAUGCAGUUGCCCAAAUUAGCAAUACAAUGUUCUUUAAAAGACAUCAUACCCCAUUAUAGAAAUUGGCGUUACAUGAAUGACAAGGUAAUCGAUUACUUCACGGCUGAUAAAAACGAAUGCAUAUUCCAUGAUUUUAGUGACGAUCAGUAUAUAAUUUCAUUAAAUCAUGAUGGACAAGAUGUGGGUAAUAUGUUAGUACAACAAAAUUUUGCGGCAUUUGCUACAAAAACUUCAAUUGAAGCAAUCAGUGUUGCAGAAACAUCUAAUAGGAAAGUAAAAAAGCUCACUGAAAAAGUAGAAAGAGUAGACAUGAGUCUCUCGAGUGUUGCAGAAACAUCUAAUAGAGAAGUAAAAGAGCUCAGUGAUGUAGAAAGAAUGGACAUAAGUCUCUUGAGUGGCCAAACGCUCAAAAUGAGAAUUUCUAGUGUAGAAAGCACAAUUCAGUUUUAUGUCCAGCUUCCAUCAGCUACAAAAUGUGAAACCAUAGUUGAUCAAUAUAUGGCCAAUAAAGAUACAAAGGUGAUGCCGCGAUUAUCAACCCGCGAGUUGUGUCUUGACGCGGGUUGUUUAGUCAAUACAAGUGGAACAUGGAGGCGAGCUGUAGUAAUUAACUGUACACGGUCCAUUGGGUUUGACAUAAAGUUUAUUGAUACCGGGAAGUGCUAUGAGAUCUUGGAUAACGCGUUGGCUUUACCUGGAGAGCUCGCAAUCAUGCAAAAUCAAGCAUUACAAUGCUCCCUACAAAAUGUGCCAGCGUCUUCCAACGCAGAUAAACGAUUGAAGGAAUUUGAAGGCAAAGAAGUGUUGAUCCAAAUAGAAGAAGUCAAUAAUAACAGACUUAUCGUAAAGUUAUACGAUUUAUUUGGUAAUGGGAUAAUGAAUACCAAAGAAAAGAUAUCACCCGUAUGUACUUUGCCUAUUCUCAGUUCAACUCAUAAGGUAUCUGUAUCUUAUACGGAUCAUUCUACUAACAUUUGGUUGCAACGAUACUCUAAUGAGGAAAUGGAGACUAAGUUGGCGGAAGAUCUUCAAAACUAUUACAAUAAUUCUGGACAAAGACUCGAACCAGAGGUCAAUCUAUUGUGUGUGACAAAGUAUUCAGAGGACGAUCAAUGGUACAGAGGGAAAAUUAUUAGUGUCACUGAAACGACGGCCUACGUAAAUUACAUUGAUUACGGUAAUACUGAGGAAGUUGCUCGAGACUCGAUUAUGAUUUUGGAACCACAAUUUUACGAACCCCAUCAAUUAGCCAUAAAUGUAUCGUUAUCCGUAUCUCUUACUGGCACCGAGGAUGAACAGAAAAACUUAUUGCAAACUCAUUUGCUGAAUAAAGCAUUUGUAGCUGUAUUUUAUAAUGUACACAAGAAGUGGGUUGUUGAUCUAACGGAAAAUGGAGAAAAAAUCAGCGAUAAAUUCGGUUUAAUGAAUUUAGUGAUAGAACAAACGGAACAAAUGGAACAAAUAGUGUCUGAACCAGCAUCUGAAGUGGUACCUGAGAUACACGAAACUGCAACACCCGACAGAUUUGACGUGAGCGUAACUCAUGUGGAUUCUCCAAGUCAGUUUUGGUUAUUGCCUGUAGAUAAAAUAACUACUCUCAUUGAAAGACAAGAUCAAUUUCAACGAGAAGUUUCUAACUUUUUGCCGAUAGACGGUAUACCAGAAGAAGGUACGUUAUGUGUUGCCGUUUAUUCGAUUGAUGGUCUCUGGUACCGCGCAGAAGUACUGGACGCGGACGAAGAUAUUAUUACUGUCCGAUUCAUAGAUUAUGGCAAUACCGAUGUCAUUGAUAACAAAGCGAGUCACAUUCGGCAAUUACCAGACCCCUGGAAAAGCUGGGAAAUAUUUGCAUUUAAAUGCAGACUCGAUGUUAUUCCCAUAGACACGGAGGAUUGGAGCGAGUUGACUUGCGAGAGAUUCAGAGAUCUAGCAACGAAGAAUUUUCAGGCUGAGAUAGUAGCAGAUACCGUACCUAAACGUGUAGAGCUGUUUAUAAACGAUAAGAGCGUCAGCGAGAUAUUAGUCGAGGAGAAACACGCCAUUAUAAUUAAUACCGAACAGGAGCCCGUGGACGAGAUAGUCGAUCUUGAACUGGAUCCGCAUUCCGCCUUUGUGUCUCACGUAAAUUCGCCGAGCGAAUUUUGGGUUCAAGAGGAAAAAUCAGUUGCCGAUUUAGAAGUGAUGGCCGAUAGAUUCAUGGUCGCCCACAUGUUCUCGAAAAUCGAGGAUAUGAAAGAGGGCUUGCUAUGCGUCGCUAAGUAUCCCGAAGACGAUCAAUGGUACAGAGCGCGCAUUAUCUCUCAUAACGAGAACGGCACGCAAGUUAUUUACAUCGAUUAUGGAAAUUCCGCGAUAUCCACCGAGAUUCGUGCUAUUCCGGAAGACCUAGCGAGCAUACCGCCUUUAUCGCGAAAGUGCUGCUUAGAAUUACCGUCACAAGUCGAAGAAUGGUCGGAACAAGCACGCAAGGAGUUCGUCAAAUUAGCCGCAGACGGUGCGACAAUUUUCCUUCUGGACGUUCUGAAAGAGCAAGAGACUUCGUUGGUAAAGCUGAUGUUAGAUGGCCAGAAUGUCGCUGAUGUUCUUGGUAAUAUGUGUGAGCGAAAUUUGCCAAUUAUCGAAGAAAGAUUGCCACCUCUCGGUGAAGAGAAUUCACCAAAUGUAAUGGUCAGUCACAUCAACAACCCGACCGAGUUUUGGAUUCAAGCCGAAAGUAGUAUAAGCGAACUAGAAGUAAUGUCGGAUCGCCUGCGAGAUGCAAAAAGUUUUCUCACGUUAAAUAGCCCCGACGUGGGUACAGUCUGCGCCGCUCAAUAUCCCGAGGACGGUUAUUGGUACAGAGCGAAGAUUGUCACCCAUUGUGAAGAGGGAACAGAGGUUUUGUACAUAGAUUACGGCAAUUCCGCAAUUACGGAGGAAUUAAAAGUGCUGCCGGAGGAUAUCGUGAAUAUUCCUAUUUUAUCGAAACGAUGCACGUUAGGGAAACCGAAUAACAUCGUUGCAUGGAGUGAGAAGGCUUGUGACAAGUUCAAGGAACUCGCCGCCGAAGGAGCCACGAUGUUCCAGUUUGAAACUCUCGACGAAAACGACCCGAUGCACGUUCGAUUGAGUCUAAACGGGACAAAUGUUAUUGACUUGUUAUCUGAAUGCGAAAACAUUCCAGAAGUUAAAAAAGAAACUGAAAUAAAAGUUGAAAAUAUUACUUUUGACAUCGACGAACAACAAAAAACAGUAUUUCAUGAGCAUCAACUAGUAAAUAAUGAAGAAAUCUCAAAUUUAAAUAAGGAAAUUAAACAAGAACCGGUUAACCAAACGAAUAAUCUGGAAUGUGUUAAUCAACAAGAAACAGUAUUUCAUGAGCAUCAAUUAGUAAAUAAUGAAGAAAUCGCAAAUUUAAAUAAAGAAAUUGAACAAGAACCUGUCAACCAAACAAAUAAUCUGGAAUGUGUUAAUCAAAUGAUUAAGCUUGAAGUUGAAACAAUGUUUAAUAAAGCAAUUAAUGAAGAUUCUGACAUAAACGAAAAAUGUAGCGAAAAUCGACAAGUCGCGAGCUCCAGCGAAAUCGAAGAGAAAACAGAAGGCAAUUUUGAAAAUGUAGUAGCUGAAUGUAUUUCAAAAUUGACAGAAAAUGUCGCAGCUGCAAUAGCUAAAGUUUUAGAUGACUCCACAAAUAAAAUUAUUCCUAAUGCAAGUACUUCCAUUGCAUCAGCUCAUAAAGCAUCUGCUGUACCGGAACUUAGCGUUGAAGACAUAAUUAAAAGCAUGAUAAUUAACGCCGCCGAUGAGGUAGAAUCGCAAAAAAUUGAUGAUGUAAAUUUAUUAAAUGUACAUGAAAUACAGCAGAAUAUUGCUCAAACGAAUGUGAAUGAACAAAAACUACUUUCUCAAAUACAAUCUAUAGAUAUAAAUGAAUCUUCAGAUGUGCAGAUUUUAAAAGACAUUAAAGAUUUAAAAAUUUCAUCGGAGGAAACUUCAUCUGUAAUGAUUGAAUCUCAAGACGUCAUGCAACUUGAUAAUAGUCAAGCCAAGGACGAAGAAAUACGCGAGAUGGAACCUGACGCAAAGUCAACAUCUAAAACGAUAGAAAUGGUAUUGUGUUCGCCGAAAGAACAAAUAAAUCUCGAGCAAAUUCAAAAGCGAAGUCCAAUAAAAAAAGAAAUUAUUCCUGAAAGUAGAAACAAUAACGGUUUGAAUACAAAUACAAGUAACGAUUCUUCCUCGGAAUUCACCGCUAUAGUAGAAUCAUCGACCCCAAUUAAGACUGAGGUACAUAGUUAUUUGGAAAAACGAUCGGAGGAUAAGAAUGUGUUUGAUCGUGGCUCCGAAGACGUGCCAUCUCCGAAAUCGGAACCGAAAUGUACUAUGACACCAAAAACUUCACAUUCAGAGAAAAUUGUAGCCGCUGUCGUGAAUCCCUAUGUACAGUCAGACCUCGGCAGCGAAAAUGACGAGGUACUUAGUAUCUCAAUAGAAAAUGACAUUCCGAAAUUCGUAUAAUUUUAUAACAGCGGAUACGUAUUGCAAAUUUAUAUGCACAUACGCAUUAUGUGUAAUAGUUAUAAAUUUAUAGUAUAAGAAUUCAAACUUAUAUAUAUGUAAAACUUAGUUUUUCCAAAAGAUCAUUUUUAUUUGCGUUUUCCUAUUACAUUUACAUAAAUAUAUUUAAGAAAGAAAAAGAAUAUUGCUGUGCACUUAAUGAUGUACGGCGAUUAUUCAAUUUUUUCUGUUUUUUUUCUUUUUUUACAAGCGACACAAAUAUGCUGCGUUUCUUAUAAAGGUACUACAUAUUGCUACUACAAUACACAUCACGCCAAACAUACAACCAAAGACUGCUGUACUUAAUCGAAAGCUGCAUUAUUUAUGUUUUUACAUAUAAUGCUAAUUAACUUGCUUAUGAUAUUGAAUAAUUAUUACUCUUUACAGUUCAUAAUUCUUUAAAGUUAAUCUGAUUAAUUCAAUACUUUUCAGUUUUCUCUUUCAAUUUGACAUAAUUUUCUCUUUUAAGAUAACUUUAUUACAUUAUUCAUGCAACUUUGUUAUUCAUUAUUCAUACAACUGCUUUUUGACAAAUAUAAUAAGUCAACUGAAAUUUUACUUGUUUGACAUACAUAUAAUGUAAUCAAAUGUUUGAAAUAGCUUUUAAUGGCAGCAGAAAAGGCAAUUAUUACAAGAUUCUUUAUUAUGAUUGAUUUAUAAAUAUGAAAAGAAUAAUUUUACUUUUAUCUAAACUUUUAGCUGGUUAUAUGUUUGAAAAUAAUUUUAUUAGGCCAUUAAAAUAAUCAUGUCAGAUGUUCAAAAAAUUGUAACAUUUUUCAACAAUCAGUUUGAGAAUCCACCAUCAUUAUUUUGAUAGCCUAACAAAAUUAUUUUCAGAUCUGUAUCCUUCUAAAAUUUUAGAUACUUUAGCAACUGUUCUUUCUGUGAAUUUAUAUUCUACAACAAAGCUUAGUACAAAUUGUAUAUUUCGGUCAAUUUUUAGCUAACGCUAUUCUCUUUAAAUCUUACUAAAGUGCGCAUAGUCAGAGUGUGAAUUAGCAUUUGGAAUGUGCAUGGAAUAGUAAAAUAAGGGGAAAACGUCAAGUUGAAAGUAUGUAAUUUAUGCUAAACUCUACAAGGCAAAACAAGAACUAAUUAUAAAAAAAAACUCAACAAUUGCAAAGCUGUAUUUUUUGCUAUGGCUGCCAAUGUUCCUUCUUAAAAAAUAAAAUAUGCAGAUUUUUUAUUUUUAACAUACACUAUUCUAAAAACAAAUAACAUAAACCAUUAUUUUUGCAACAUAUGAUAAUACAGCAUAUGAAAUGGUCCAAAACGUGAUUGUAUGCAAUUUGAAGUUACAUUGAACUUCAUAAGAAAAGAUAGUAAAAUAAUUUAUAUCUAAAACGUAUCAUAAGAGAAAGAAAGGUUGCUUUUUGUGUCGUUGAUGUUAUGUACAUUUUUCAUAUACAUAUAUUGAAACUAUCUAUAUAUACAUACAUAUAUAUAUAUAUAUAUAUAUAUAUAUAUACACACACACACACACAUACAUAUUAAAUCUAAUGUGAAUUGUGAAUUUAUUUCGAAUUCUAUGCCAUAUGUUACGCAGUUCCUUCAUUUCUUUCUUAACAUGUAUAACAUAGUAGCUGGCAAAGCUGUAUAAAUUUGUAUUUGUAUUCUGCUAAAAUAUAUUUUUCUAAUAAACAUGUAAAGAUAUCUUAUCACGUUCGUAAUUAUCUACAUUUUUAACUCGGAAAUUAUAAAUGUAAAAUUUCGUUAUUUAUAUUUAUUUGAACCCUUGUAGAACUUUGUUACAGUGCUAUAGUAUACGGAUUUCUUCAUGGUCAUAUCUUACAUACAUUAAUUUUCAAACUGCCGAUUGUUCCAUGUAGUUUCAGAAGUAAUCUUCAAAUUUCUUUUUCUGAUACGACUGCUGCGCUGUUUGGCUUUAAUAUAUAGAGAAAUCUUAUAUUAAUUUUCAGUUGUACAUUAAAAAUACUUUUUUAAUUGCAUAAUCAGUAUCAUUAACCAUGUCACUAUUUCCACAUAUAAUAUUAAGGAUUGUAUAUUUUAUAGAGAAAGGAAGAGGAUGGAAUACUAUUUUGCUUGUUUUUAAAUUACAAAUAUAUACUCCGUCAGUGUAGUUAAGGGUUAAAAAUAAAUAUAUAAAAAAAAA